CUGGUGUUUGGGUGACUGCAUGUAAUGUUUAGUUAGACCUAGGCCUGAUGCGCAACGCGCGUGAAUGCUGUAAAACAUUAGACAGGCCUCUAGAUCCCAAGUAACCCUUAUCGGCUGCGCUCGAAGAACUUAUAUUCUUAUAACGUACUUGUUCAAUGAAUCACAAGAGAAAUGUUUCUCUGAAUGUAGAGAUCUAUGAUUCUGAUGUCGUCCAUGAAUUUGCGGUCGGAGUGGUUGCUUAGAAAGCCACGUGGCUGAGCCGUAGUCUCUAUGAUUAUCUCUAUCUCCAACAGUUUACUCUUACAAUGCUAUCUGUUCCCGACAUUUUAUAGUUCAUAUUCAUUACAUUGAGUCUGUCUUUCUCUCCCCCCCCCCCCAACGCCUUUGUAUUCUUAACCGCUGUCGGGGAAUCCUUCACAAAACAGUCACAUUAUCGGCCAAAGUGACCUCCACCCCAAAGGGAGGUCACUAGAAUAUCAAGGCAAUAAAAUGAUUGCGUCCCUUUCUCCCUUUGCAAAGGUACAUGUAAACGCUCGCUCCGUCUAGACACACGCUAAUGAGUCCUCCCGAGCACCGUGAGUUUAGGCAGAGACUACUGUAGCUGAAUAAGGAAAUUUAAGACUCAUUACACGAUUUUAUAUCCACCUCCAAUGGGACGAAGCAUUGAAGAAUCUAACAGGCCAUGUUCAUGGACUUGUCUUUAGGGAUUCAAAUAGGGGUUCCAGGGCACUGGACUUGAGCAUGAGACUAGCUGAACCUGCAGAGUGGCCCCCUUUGAUAUUGACAGAUCCCUUGCUUAGAAAGUCACAGUGUUAUAGGCUACAUAAUUGUAACAGGAAAAAUUAUAGGAGUAGAAAAAUAGCACUAAAGACAACCCAGCUUUUUGAAGUUCCUUUUCAUUUUUAUUAUGUUUCUGUAUGAUUUUUUUUGUGUGGAAUUACUUAAUUUUAAAAUUAUAAGUGUUGCUACUUCAGAAUCCCAUGGUGGAAUAUUGUUGAUCUGGAAUUCAGUUGACUCUGGAGGCCCUAAAAAUGUUGGGAGAGGUACAAUGAUGCUUCCAGAUGGCACAGAUUUGCGCCAGGUCACUGUGCUCAGUAAGGCUGAUUGGGAGAGGAUUGAGCAGGAACUAAAUCGAAAACAAAUUCAAGAUGAGAUGGUGCGCAAAAUUCGUGAAGACAGAGAGGAACAGAAAAGGAAAUCUAAAGAGAUUAUCAAGAAUUGGGGCAACACCAUUGCAGGCCAAAGGCAGAGGAAACUGGAAGCCCGGAGAGUCAGAGAAGAAAAGGAAGAAGAGGAAAGGAAACAGAUUGACCUUGAAGAAGCCAAGUACCAAGCUCAACAACGAAAAGAGGCCAUUGAGAAGGCAAAAACACAACAGUAUUACCAGACUGACCGAGUCAAGAACUUCCAUAGUGCGCUGACCCUCACUGAGGUUCUCAAGGAGCGUGAGGCUCAAGUGGAACUGAAGCAGUUGAAGGAACAGGCUAUGAAAGAUCAGGACAAGGAAUACAUGAAGAUUGACUUGGAAAUGUAUGAGAGGAGUAUCCAGGCAGAUCAAGCAAAAGCAAGAGCUCGAAUGGAGGCAGCUAAUAGGACAGCUGACUUCCAGAUGACACAGAUUCAUGAGCACUUGAAGUCUGGAGAAAAACUGAGAGUGGAAGACGACAAAGAAGGCGAUGAGCUGAAGAAGUUGGCUGUGCAGUUUCAGAUUGAGAAGGAGCGGCUAGAGAACAUCAGGCGUGAAGAGAGGAAAUCACUCAUGAAGGAAAACGUGCAGCAGAUCCAAGAUGUGGAGAAGAUGAAGAUCCUACAGGAGCGACAAGAUGAGGAAGAAGAUGAAGAGUGCAGAGUUUUUGCUGCCGCAAAGAGAAAGAUGAUGAAAUUGAGGGCUCAAAAGGAGCAGGAUAUCCAUAACACAAAGCAAGCCCAGUUGGAGCGUAUCCGCGAGAAACUUGCUGCUCAGAUGAAGCAGAAGAUCAGUGAUGAGGAGGACAGGAUACGUAAAGCUGUGGAGGAGAGUGAAAAGAAGAGAAUGGAUGAGGAGAGGGCAAAGGAAGAGAAACUUCUGAAGGAAAUCAAAGAACAAGCAGAACACAGAAAUAAACAGUUGAAAGAAAAAGAAGCACAGAAAAAGAAGUCCAAGAUGGAAGAACUGGAGAUGUUGGAAAUGCGUCGAGCUGCUGAUGAACUCUUCAGACAGAAUGAAAUAGACAAGAUGAUGCGCCGUAAAUCUCAAAAUGAUGAUCUACGGAACUUCCUGAUUGACCAAUAUAAUGAACGCGUGGACAAGGAGGAAGACUCAAAGAAGGCUCAGCUGGCCCUGGACAAGGCAAAUGUUGAGCUCAUUGAGAAGGAGGAGGCUCAGUUCCAGGAAUAUGCGAGAAAGGUGAUUGACCACAGCAAACAGGGUGGCCGCAAUGUCUACCCUCUGGAGAAAGCUGCCCGUGAGGGAGCGGGAGGUGGUCUUGGCCCAACGUUCCCCGGAAAGGGCGGGAUCCGGCCCAGCUACAUGGUGUCGGACAAGUCUGGCGUGCAGAUGCCGCAUUACCAGCGCGAUUCCACCAAUGAGACCAAGCAGCAGAUUCAUGGCAAGAACCCCAGCAAGAACAGACUAGGGUUUGUGUGGUAGAUCUGGGACCUCAACUCUUCAGUCGGGUCAGGAUGCUUUCUUCAUGAUGCACCGUUAAAUUUAGAAGAGGAUUCUGUAAUGGUUUUGACAUUUCAAACCAUGAGGUUCAGAAACAACAAAACUAAUUGUACUGCACAAAAAAUAUAAUAUAUUAUUGUGAGAACAAGUUUUCAUUUCAAUAAAUAGUUUCCAUCUCAGCAUUCAGUGUUCUCGUUUGAGGACAAAAGUGAAAAAUACAUUGUCUUAUCACAGUAAACAUUUGAGAAAAUAUAACUAUUCAUACCCUUGGGAAAGUUUGUGUUACAAAUACAUUGUCAUGAAAUAGGUAUCUUUGAUGGAAUCCAGUGGUUGUGAGGCCUGUCAUAUCUGAUGUACAUAUAUAUUGCAUAGUCAGAAGCCACUUUACAGAACUAUGUCUGCUGCAGAUGUGUUAGUUUUCUACAUGUAAGAUACUUAUUUUCUGUCAAUGUUUAUCUCUAUUUUGAAAAAACACACUCUUAGUAUCAGUUGGUGAAGAAUUCGCUUUGUUUUGCAUCAUUGUUUAAAUAAUGUUUAUUAAACUGAUUGAGUCUGUUUGGUACUGUCCAUACUCCAUGAGUUAUGUGGGGAGUAUCACGAAGCUCAUAUAUAUAUAAGUGCACUUGAAUAAUAUAAACAUACGGUGGGGGGGAGAGAGAGAAUGCUUUAUUUUCACAUUUGUAACUUGCGUUUUCAUGUUUGAUAGUCUGGCUUUUGAAUUUUUGUUAUUUUUAUCCAAGGAUGGUUUUGUAGCAGUCUUUUACUUUCGGACACAGAAAAUCUGGGAGUUUGUUUAGGAUUUUAAGAAUACUUUUAUCUACGUACUUGAAAAUAAACCUCACAAACACUCAUAUAAUUGCAUUUUAUUUUUUAUGGUAUAAUUUUUUUUAUCCUGAUGCCCGGACUAUAAAAUUGAUUAUUUAUACAUUAAAUAAAGGAUUUGUGAGGCACAAAAA